AUGAUAGAAAUAAGGCAUGGUGAUGGUUUGGAUGACACCGUGCUAAUUAUUAGAAUUAUUAACGAAUUAGAUGAAUACGAUUACUUUGUAUGAUAUAUCCAUCGACUGGCAAAAUGCCAACAUAACUAAUCUACGUGCUAUCAAUUUUCGACAAUAACGAUAUGUCUGUCCUCUGUCCAUUAGAUGAUAUCGAUCCAUUAGAUAAAAAAAAAUAAAUCGCAUUUUGCGAUAUGCGUAUAUCUCGUUCAAAACUACAAUCUAAUAUAUAUUUUUAUUCGUCUGAUGUAUCCUACAUAAAAUCAUUGACGUGAAAUUAGUUCAACGAAAAAGAAGUUCGCAAAGGAUGGCUACGCGAUUUGUUCUAACAGUCGCAAUUCUUCAUCUCAUGAUAUGGGAUUGUUACGCCGUGUCCGGGGUAAUUUGGCACAAGCAACAGCAGAAAUUCGUGCAGUUGUUCAGCAUUCCGGAAUUCGCUGCUCUUCAACAAGAAAAUCUGGCUAAACGCCGGGCAACAGAGAAGCCUGACAUGAGCGGAGAAGUGGUAAAAGCUGUGUAUUACGAGGAAAAAAAUAUAGUAAUGUUUUACGACAACGAUACGAAAGUCAACGGUGUUUGCGGCGACCUGUGGCAUGUUCUCGCGGAAUAUCUCAAUUUUACAUUCAUCCCGAUAAGAGUCACCAAUCGAAAUUUCGGUGAAAGACUGGAAAACGGUAGUCAGAAUGGUUUAGUUGGCAUGCUCGCGCGGAAUGAAGCGCAGGUAAUUAUGAGAAGUGGAUUCUAUCCGUCUCGCUUCGACAUCGUGGAUUUUACAACGCCUCUUUGGAGAAGCAGGUUUCACAUUUAUGUUCGACCGAAAUGGCAGUUCAAUAAUACAUGGGUAUUUACGUUAUUUUCGUGGCAAAUGUGGUUUUAUAUACUGUUUCUGUUCAUCAUCUUAAGUUAUGUCGUCUAG